AUGAUGGACGUAGUGAGUGAGUCUAGCAAGUGGCGUGGAGGUUUCCUCUCCACAAUAAACAGAAGUUUUCGCCUCAAAAAGUUAAAUUCUCCGGUAGAAAACAAGACCAUUGAAAUGCCUACGGGUCUCAAUUCAUCCACUGAAGCUUCAAGCAUGCGACCCCUGGAGAUCGUAGCUCCAAGAAUAGACACAUAUCGGUUCUCCAUGGCCAACCUUGAAGAGACCCAGGAUGCUGAUCUGGAUGCCAUCCUUGGGGAGCUAUGUGCGUUAGACUCGGAGUACGAUGAGGAACUGUCCAGGGUAUCGGCAGAUUUCUCAACGACUUCGAAAGACCGAGUGGACGGAGAAGUUGCCCAGCGUCAGGACAUCAAGGAGACAGAUGGUGCCUCGCACAUAACAAGGACGGACUCGCCUGACAACGACUCCGCCUUUAGUGACACGGUUUCAAUGCUCUCGAGCGAGUCGUCGGCUUCUAGCAGUGCGAGUACGAAAUGCAAGCCUAUGAAAAUAACCCUUCAUCCCAAUCAAAAGGGUACCCUUUAUCAACAGAAGGCUGAUAAAAUAAAAAUGGCCUUGGAGCGAAUGAGAGAGGCGAACGUCAAGAAACUUUUCAUAAAGGCCUUCUCAACUGACGGAUCGUCGAAGAGCCUUCUGGUUGACGAGAAAAUGACGUGUGGCUACGUCACCAGGUUGCUCGCUGACAAAAACCACGUGACCAUGGAGCCUAAGUACGCGAUCGUUGAGCAGCUCCCAGAUUUACACAUGGAACGUGUGUACGAAGACCACGAAAUGUUGGUGGACAACCUAAUGCUAUGGACAAGAGAGUCGAAGAACAAAAUACUAUUCGCAGAGCGACCAGAGAAAAAUUUACUUUUUCAAACACCAGAAAAGUUCCUACUUAGCGAAGAUGAUCGAGGUUGGUCCAGCGACCACGACGAUAACUUACGACAAGUCAUCAUCGACGAUUUCUUUGGCCAAAGCAGCACAACUCCAUCAAUUUCGGGACAUACUGUACCACCCAUGGAAGGCUUUCUCUAUCUGAAAAGUGACGCUAAAAAGGGAUGGAAGAAGUACUACUUCGUACUAAGACCUUCUGGCCUAUACUAUGUGCCGAAAGACAAGGUGAAAACGUUGAAGGAGCUGGUGUGUCUGGCGACAUUUGACAACAACGAAGUGUACGUUGGUGUUAAUUGGAAGAAGAAGUAUAAAUCGCCAACUGACUAUUGCUUCGCGAUCAAGCAUCCGAGACUGCAGCAACCGAAGAGUGUGAAAUUCAUUAAGUUCCUCUGCGCUGAUGACCAGCAGACAUUGGAUAGGUGGAUUACAGCGAUGAGAAUAGCUAAACAUGGAAGACAGCUGCUGGAAAACUAUAGAUCGUUGGUAGAAGAGCUCACUCAAGAAGACUUAGAUCACUUGGCCCAUGCACGUUCUUGCUCUAUCUCCUCAAUACCAACUAAAACCAGCAACCCACCGAUAGUAACCAAUCCAGUGCAGCCAACAUCCAGCAAUACGAGUGUUGCCAAUUCCGAUAUUAGUAGUGGAAGACAUUCCCGCGCCUCGUCAUCUAGCUCGAGCGGUUGUCUAUCAGAUGGAGGCACUGCGUCUGAGAGUGCUUUUGAUUGCGAGUUUCCUAUGGGUACAAUCAAACGCAAGCCAUCAAUGAAACCGAACAUUCCCUUGACCUGGAUGACACGGCAACUUAAAGAAAUGGCUGAAAAAGACGAAAGUGAGGGAGGUGACACCAGUACCCUGACCCGAAGACCUCGCCAGAGGGAUGAUACCCUCAAACGGCACGCAGAUACCUCCGAAAGCGCAGUCUACAGUAGCAGUAGCAUGACGUCAUCAAGUCCCGUCCAUGAAUCGUACGGCAUUUAUGAAACCAUUCCUCGUGACACCUACCGCGCUAGUGUUGACACCGCUUCAUCGCUUUACGGAUACACCAUUUAUGAUAAAAGUCAAGUAGAAGAGUUCCCUCCGCCUCCUCCAGAAGAUACCACAGUAAUGUUCAGCUCCACACUCAGUCUUGAUUCGUUACCACCGCCACCACCACCCCCGCCUGCUGAAUCAGUCGAAGACAUUUCCGGGUCCCAACUAAGCCUGCCGCCGCCUCCACCAGAAAUAGAAAAUGCCGGUAGAGUACAAGACAUCGUCACGCAACUCACUGCUCAGCAGAUAGAACAAACAGCACCUAAGCGAUGCAGCAAAACCUUCCCAAGGCAGCUGUCACUGGACAGCGUCAAUUCCGAGACUUCGAAGUCAUCCCUACAUUCCGACAAGAGUCUAAGACAAAACGCAUACGGCGCUUGCUUAGUCGAACUACAGACCAAAAAGCUAAGUAACGGCAGCUCAUCGUUACAAAAGAAGUUAGAACCAGGAAAAGAGCGGUCAAGCUCCAUGAAAAAAGUCAACUUUGCUGAUGAUAUUCCAAGCGACAAGAAGAAUAAAAAGAUAACUUUCAAUUUAACAGAGGCUCCGCCGUCACCCAGAAAACCUAUACCUCCUCGUCGAAAUGAAAGCACCAGAUUAUCGUCUCCAAAGAAAUUAGCAGAUUCGAACAGUAACCCACCCACAGAUUUCCUUAAAGAUUUACAAAGAGUGAUGAGAAAGAAAUGGCAAGUUGCGCAGAAGUGUAAAUUGGAGCCGACGACUACGCCACACGAAGUACUGGGGUUCAGAGAGUAUCCGCUAUCAGACGACUAUAAGGAGACGAGUGUAUCCAUGUGGGUUCAAGAGCACUACGGGGCUGGCUCUGUGGAAGAUCCGUUUUACGAAAACGUGUAUGGAAGGGAAACGAUGCCCGUGAGACGCGAGGAGCCAAAGCCGAUAAAGAAGAGACCCCCUCCAGCCCCCCCUAAACGAAGUGACUCUACGCAUUUAACCACACAACCAGGUGUUCACCUUCCCCACACUCUGCCCACUUCCAACGCUCCCCCGCAUCACGUUCAACCGACCGCUUGA